GAUUCCUACUAUAGUGACAGUACCAUUAUGCCACUGUAUCCUCAAUUGGAGAAAUAAUACAAAUGAGUGACAAAACUGUGGGAUGUUUUGUUCCAGAUGGCAGAGGUCCACAGACAAAUUCAGAUACAGCUUGAAGAAAUGUUGAAAGUGUUCCACAAUGAUCUGCUGAUGCAACUGGAACAGAAGGUUGAGUUAGAUGCUAAAUACUUAAGUGCAACGUUGAAGAAGUAUCAAGCUGAACAUAAAGCCAGGCUAGAGUCGUUGGAAAAGUGCCAUGCAGAACUGAAGAAACUUCGGAGAAAGAGCCAUGGGAGUAAGAAUCCACAGAAAUAUGGAGAUAAAGAAAUGCAGAGCAGCUGA